GGUUUCAUUCGGUCCUGACUUUGAAUUGAAUUAUUUCACUGUUUCCUUAAUCUUCUUCAUCUCCGAAUCAUUCUUCAGCAUCUCUCCCAUAUUCCCUCUCUCUCCGUCCUUUUUAUCUUCUUAAUCUUUUUCACCUUCUUCACACACAUACUUCUUCAAUUCUCACUAUGUCUUCUUCACUCGUCAAGAUCCAAGACGAUCUUCACCGUCUUUCAAUCAAAGAUCUGAUUGAAAAUAGGAGUGAAGAAGAGGAGAAUCAUCAUGUUGGAUUUGGAAAACAUGGUGGAACGUGCGCAAUUUGUUUAGAUAAUAUAGUGUUGCAAGAAACUGCUCUUGUUAAAGGUUGCGAGCAUGCUUACUGUGUAACAUGCAUCCUUCAUUGGGCCACAUACAGUCAGAAAGUUACCUGCCCUCAGUGCAAACAUCCAUUUGAGUUCCUAACUGUUCAUCGCACACUUGAUGGAAGUAUUCGAGAUUACAUGUUUGAGGAAAGUGUUUGCCUACUACUUCGGGCUCAAUGGUUCAAGCCUUUAACUGUCGAAGAGCGUGUGGUUGAAGAAGAUAUCUAUGAAGAAUUAGUUGACUACUAUUAUCAGUUUGAAAAUGACGAUGAUCUAGAUGAUGAGGAUUAUUAUGGUGGUUCAGCUAGUGUACGGAUUGGCAACCGUAGAUGGGGAGACAACGGUUUUGUAAGGGCUGGGCGUCAAGAAGCUCGGCCGGUCCAUCGACCAAGCUUCCAGGAUUCGGGAGCAAGCUCAAGUUCAUCGCGUGAGCCAAAAAAGAAAGAGGAUUCAAAAGUUAUGACAGGGAGACGGGCAAAGAGGGCGCUGAAAAGAGAAGCUGCUGAUAAGGCAGCUGAAGCAAAGCAUCAGCAGCAUUUGGCUAGGUUUGGUAGAAAGUGAUUCUAAUUUAAUUCUGUCAAUCAAAGCCUCCUUCCCAGAAGUUAAAUAUUUUCUUUUUCUUCAUUUAAAUAUUUUUUUACUUGUACAGUGAUUCUAUGCUCUAUGAAGCAUGUGAUAGAAUGUGGGGAAGCUGUUUUAGAAUAAUGGCUUGGUUGGUAGAAUCCUUUAACUCAAUGUAUGAUUGAACAAUUUAGGCUUUCAAUAAGUUGUGAAUGCAUCUCCAAGUUGUACAUAAUUACUUGUGAUGAUGAUCCUUGCACCUCAAUAAUGCUAAUGUCUGCUAUUUUUUCAAAGCAAAGCAUUUCAAAUUGAUGAAUGAAA